UGAGAACGUAGACCCCGCGCACAUCAGCAAUAAUAAAAGGUUAAAAGACAUUCACUCGUGCUGGGUGCUUUGAUUCAGGCGAUUGGAAGCUUUUGAGAAAAUGGGAUCUUUGAUGGCUGGUUGGGACUCACCUGUCCCUGAUCCUAGAUCAAUGAAAAAUUCAGUGAAGUACAGGAGGAAUCGGUCACUUACUAGAGGAGAGAUCGAUGCUUACUGGAGAUCAAAGAAGAGAAUAGAAGAGGAUCAUCUCAAAGCUAUUUCCGGUCUAUCCAGUAGCAGUCAGGAUGGCGUGGACGAGGAUCAUGGAAUACAGUUUCAGAGAUCAAGCUCCUUACCCGCAGCCACUACGAAGGAGGUGUUCAUGGACAUGGAGACUGAUCAAGCAAGUUUGGAGCAACUUAUCAAGAAAAAUGGCUGGUGGGCAAGUAGCAACUGGGCAUUCCUAAAUGAGCCGCCAAUUCUGGAACGUGCUUCUAACAAUUACACACCGCAGUUUCACGUUGCUAGUCUUGCCACCUCAAAAUCCAAUACUGGAAUCAAUGCGUAGUGAUGGCCUUUCUUCCUCUAUAUAGGACUGCUGUGUGCCCGCCGUCUAGCUUUGCAUAUUCAUGCCCCUUAAUAU